GCGUCGUCGCGUAGUCAUCGUUUUUCAACUUGUGUUCGAUGGACGCGGCGGCGACGGUAUGAAUAUUCCAGGGACUAUGAUAUGAAAGCCCAUAUUAGCUGAGAAGACGCACGACCACGUUCAGUGGCGCGGCGACGCAGCGUUUCGGGUGAGUUUGGGACCAAAACUUGGAUCGCCUGCAACGCCCGCACCGGCCGGCGUUCGUUGUGUACAACGACCUUGCCGGCAAGCACUCACCGCCGAUUCCUUCCUUCGCUCCCGGUCCUCGUUGCGGUCGCUCGGCCUAUGCUGUGGUGGUUUGCGUGCAUAGACGCGUGGUCGCAGCUGCUGUGCUCGUAAUUCAUCGUUGGGGAGUGAUUUGUGAGGCAACCGCGCUGGAUAUCAUGGCCCACAGCGGAGGCGGCGAGGAGGCCACGACGCCCGUCGAAGCGCAGCAGCCGUCUUCGCCCGUCGAGAUCAUGCAGCAGCCCAGGGUGACGUUCGACCUGGCGACAAUGGCACGGUGCCGCUCACCUGAGCCGCAAGACUCUCCCAUGGACGAAGAGCUGCAGGCUCUGGGACUGUGGGAGGAAGACAUGACUGUGGAACAAAAGGUGGAACUGUUGAGGGUUGUGGCGGCCUCCAAGGAGACUGCAGAGAGGGAGGAGGCGGUCAGGCAAGGCCAUUUUGCCUCAGUCGAGGAGGAUGUCCCGCCAGUGUUGAAUGAAAUCACUUGGGACUUAAAGAGCCCAACAAGGACAGGCCUUUCACAAAACAAUUGGUGGGCCACAGACACUGAAGUCACCGCAGGUGUUUCCGUCGAAGUUUGGAACGAGCUGGCAGAGUUCCCGGGUGCUGUCGACGGAUCGACAUUCGACGAGUUCGUCAGUGCGGGCGAUGAUGUCGCCAUCACGGGUCAGCUGCAAGCUGAGGACCGACCACAAGCCAAAGCGACAGCAAUAAGGAAAUUGAUGAUGGCCCAUUGCCUACAUCCUUCGAGGGCCAGUGAUGAAGAAGAUUGGCCAACGCCAAGCAGUGCCAAGCAAUCUAGAUCCUCCAGGAGGGAGCCAGUUCUAUUAAAGGCAAGAAGUGAAUCUGCAACUGUUGCUAGUUUGCUGCAGUCAUCGGUGCACCGCGUGUACAGCAUGGAGCAUCCACUCAACUUGGAGUUUAAAAAGGGAGAUGAAGCGGAGCUGGAAGAUGCCAGGCUCUCCCGCCUCGAACAGAAUGCUCAAGGUGUAGCUCAGGACCCCACCACCCUGUGCAACAGUGGAUGGAAGAGCCCAGCUUCCGCCCUGCUCGAGUCGUGGGCCUCGAUGCAUGCCGCACUCAAGCAAGCACAGUCAUCGCCAGAGCUCCCUUUUCGGCCGUGGACCGAAUGCAAGGAAAUGCCUCCCAGUGUCCAGGACAGCAGGCCGCGAGAAUUCGAUGAAAAGGGCCCUGACCUUUGCUCCACCAGUGCCAUGGAUGCCAGUGACACUUAAUGCUGCCACGGGACCUGAGUAAGAGCUGCUAUGGGGCCAACGUUUUUGCCAACGGGAACGAAGAUGGUCACCGUUGGUUCGUGUGGAUGCUCAAGAAAAUAUUUUUGCACUCUUGUGUUCUCACUCACUGCCUUUCUUUUGUUUUGUGUUCUACAAGAAUAAAGCCAGUAUUCUUGCAUAUGCUUGGCUGCCAUUCAA